CAGUUCCUCCAAAGCCCGCAGGACUUUCAAUAAGCUCUCAAAAGCGAGGCUUUUCAGUAAGUUCAGAAAGGUUAAGCGAAUCGCCACGAUCCGCUUCUUUAAAUAGCGAAGACGAUAAGACACCUAGAGCUUCUGAAAUGUUCUCGUCACCUCCGACUGGUCGACAGGCUAGAGCAUUAUAUGACUUUGUGGGUGAAGCAGAUUCCGAGUUAUCUUUUCGAGCUGGUGACGUUCUUUACGUUAUAAAGGGUCAACUUUCCUAUGGGUGGUCUUUGGCUGAAAAGGACGGCGUAACUGGGCUCGUUCCUGAAGCUUAUAUUACAUUUACUGAGCUUCCAAAUUCUACCUUUUCAACACUGCUAUCGUAUCGACUUGCCGAGUUGUCUACUUCUCCAGUUGAAUCAACACUCAAUUCAAAUAAUUCAGUACGCGAUUCAAUGGAUGGUUCCAUGAGUGAUUCGAUGAUUGGGUCAAUGUUUGGAUCAGUUAAUGGGAAACGUCAAUUGAAUCGAUUCAGUUGGUUUGUUACAACUGGAGUCGAAGAAUUUAUCAUAAAUGGUGGUCAACCACUACAAGGUGAAAAUUUCGAUGAGGAAGUAACCGAAACUGAUAAACAUUAUAUACAGGGUGGUCCGAGUUGGUUAGAGAAAUCGCCAAGCUUUAAAAUUAUGGUGCAUAAUCCCGAAAAACGUGUUAAACUUGGAGGUGUUCAGGAGUAUACUAUCUUUCACGUAACAUCUAUGUUUUCAGAAGGUGUUCAAAUUACUGUUGAAAGGAGGUUCAGCCAAUUUGAGUGGUUGUAUAACCGUUUGGUAAAUAAGUUUGCAGCAUUUGUGUUGCCUCCUCUUCCCGAAAAGCAAUAUUCUGGGCGUUUUAAUGAGGAAUUUAUAGAAAAGCGUCGUCGUGCUUUGGAAAGAUUUAUCAAUCGGUUGGCUCGUCAUCCAAUAAUUCGAUAUUCAGAAAUUCUGACUCAUUUUCUUAGUUGUAAUGAUGAUUCGGAAUGGCGUAAACGAGAAAAGCGGUUUGAAAAUGAUAAACUUGUUGGUCAUGCAUUUUUUCAACAUGUUUACCACCCAGAGUUCAAUGUCGAUGAUGGAGAAAUCGAUACCAUAGAACGAUUUGAAGCACAUGCCCGAGCUAUGGAAAAACUGAUGCCAUGGAUUAAUGAAGCAUCACAGGCCCAUAAAUACUCGCUAGAUGAAAUGCAACAUCAAUACCGUAGAGUUAGCUACGCAUUACUUAGGCUCAUUACAGGCCAUGAUGCUUGUGAAAGUAAUGAUUCUAUAAAUGAUGAUGGCGCAUGGUGCUGGAGGGAUGGAUGUAAAGCUUGUCUUAGUCUUACUAAAGCACUCCAAUCCACCGUUGAAAGCAUGCAAACAAUUGCAGAUAUGUAUAAAUCACAUAUAAAUGACACGUGCAUUCCAUGGAUUGAAAAUUUAAAUGAGUAUAAUUAUCCAGCCAGAAGUUAUGAACUUCUUAUUGACACGCAUAUGGGCACGCAUAAAAAAUUUAAGGAAAUCUCUGAAGAAAAUAUAAGCAAAGACCAAGAAUAUGAUGUGGAUGCUGAAACAAUUCGUUCUCGUUGCGACACAGUAUUCAAUGUGACACUUGCUGAAGUCGAUCGGAUUCAUGAUGAACGCGUCCAAGAUUUUCAAGAAAACACAAAACAGUAUCUGGACGGGCAAAUUGAGUUAUACGAAAAAGUAUCUCGUGCCAACUUUGACGAGCCACACUAUAGUUCUCUUUCACGAACUCCACGUUCACCUAGUCAAUAUGAGAGCUUAAUUGAUAGUCAACGGCCGAUACCACCACGUUCUGUUUCUGCCACUUCUGUAAGUUCCAUGUCUGAUAUGGUAGGUGGAGUUGUAGAUGGUGUUGGUAACAUGGGAAAUUUCUUGAAGACGGCUAAAACGUCAAUUACGAAAGGUACAAUGUUUGAUUCUUGGUGGGGAAGAAGUUGA